GCGCGGGCCCGGGCUUAGCUCGCCGCCCUCGCGCCGGGUCCGGGAUCCGCCGCGGAAGCACGGGCGGGGGAGAACGUGCUGCUCUCGGGCUGCCCAAUGCGCGGACUAUCUGCAGCCGCUGCUCGUGCAAUAUGCUGGAGCUCCAGAACAGCUAAACGGAGUCGCCACACCGCUGCCUGGGCUGGAUCACAGCGCAGCCUUUCCUUAUGAAGAAGACACAAACUUGGAUUAUCACUUGCAUUUAUCUCCAACUGCUCCUAUUUAAUCCCCUUGUCAACACUACAGGGAUCUGCAUGAACCGUAUAACUGAUGAUGUGAAAGACGUUACAAAAUUGGUGGCAAAUCUUCCAAAAGACUAUAAGAUAACCCUCAAAUAUGUCCCUGGAAUGGACAGUUUGCCCAGUCAUUGUUGGAUAAGUGAAAUGGUGGAACAAUUGUCAGUCAGCUUGACUGAUCUUCUGGACAAGUUUUCAAAUAUUUCUGAAGGCUUGAGUAAUUAUUCUAUCAUAGACAAACUUGUGAAAAUAGUGGAUGACCUUGUGGAGUGCAUGGAAGGACGCCCAUUUGAGAAUGUAAAAAAGUCAUCUAAGAGCCUAGAAUCCAAGCUGUUUACUCCUGAAGAAUUCUUUAGAAUUUUUAAUAGAUCCAUCGAUGCCUUCAAGGACUUGGAGAUGGUGUCACCUAAACCUAAUGGAUGUGUGGUUUCUUUAACAAGCCCUGAAAGAGAUUCCAGAGUCAGUGUCACAAAACCAUUUAUGUUACCCCCUGUUGCAGCCAGCUCCCUUAAGAAUGACAGCAGUAGCAGUAAUAGGAAGACGUCAAAUUCCAUUGGAGACUCCAACCUACAAUGGGUAGCUAUGGUGUUGCCGGCAUUCUUUUCCUUUGUAAUUGGGUUUGGUUUUGGAGCCUUAUACUGGAAGAAGAAACAAUCAAAUCUUACAAGAGCAGUUGAAAAUAUACAGAUUAAUGAAGAGGAUAAUGAGAUAAGUAUGUUGCAAGAAAAGGAGAGAGAGUUUCAAGAAGUGUAAUUGUGGCUCGUAUUAACACUGUUACUUUCGUACAUUGGCGGGUAACAGUUCAUGUUUGCUUCAUAAAUGAAGCAGCUUUACACAAAUUCCUAUUCUGUCUGAAGUGACAGACCGCGUCUUUAUCUGUUCUUGCUUCCCAUGCCUCUACAUGGAUGAUUCAGAAAUUGGAACAAAGUGUUUUACUGUGAAACUGGCACUGAAUUAAUCAUCUAUCAAGAAGAACUUGUAUGGCGCAGGACUCUAUUUUAAGGACUUGUCGUCUCAUUUAGAACCUGCAACUGAUGUUGGGAGAGAAAGCACGUGUCCCAGACUGCACGCACCGUUUUGCAUGCCUCCAGAGACGUCUAAUUGCUGAAAAGCCACAUAGUUUUAUUUUCAGUUACAACCUGCAGUUUCUAGUUAUCUUGGUCUCUUCAAGUAGAAUUCAGCCUGGAUAGUCGAGGUAAUAAUUUUUCUCAAAGGGAUCUAGAGAAAUUUUAAAAACAGCAAACUCAAUAGCCUCAGACACUGUACAUAGAGAAAGCGGUGGGAAAAAAGUAAUUGGAGUAGGCGUGACGUCAGCCUUGUAGCCGCUGAUUCAUGAUAAUGGGUCUGAUUUUGGUCUCUUCCUGACAAUAAACCAUGCUCAGCCAUAUCUCCCUAGACAGAUGGACAUAGUGGGCUGGGUCUAUCCACGCAGGGGAGCAAAUACUGAAUUAGGACUGUGAUACCUUUGCAGAGGGGUGGCUCUCUGAGUCAUCAUGGGAAGAAGCUAUGAACACGAAACCACAGGACAGGCGCCUGGGAGGACACUUGGCACCCCUGGUGAAGGCGGCCUUUUCCCUGGACCACUACAGAGUGUAUAAAUCGUGUUUGCAAAAUAUAUUACAAAAUGUUUAUAUUCUAAAACUAUUAUAAAGUUAUGCAAAGGGAUUUAGGAGAAACUGCUGAAUGUAUGAAGGUCCCAUUUUCAGUUCCCACAUGGGAGAGAGUGAAAAUAUGGCAUUUAGUUAUCUAAGGUUAGAAAACCACACCCUCAUGCUGAUAGGGGUGCUGAAAACUAGGUUACUUGGCUUUUACAAGGAUGCAAGGAAUUGGGAAACUCUACAUAUUUAUAGUAUAAUCACCAUUAUCUGUUUAAAGGAUCCAUUUAUUUAAAAGCAGGCACUCUAUAUCCAUUAAGGUUUAUGAAUUUUAAGAAAAAGAGAGCUUUAUGUAGUUAUGCAUGUCAGUUUGCUAUUUAAAAUAUAUGACAGCGUUUGUCAUGCUAAGAGUGAUUUUGGCAGGAAUUCGCAAGGUGGACAUUGUGCUUUUUAAAACUAGAACUUGUAAGACAUGUGAAUUUCCAUUGCCAUAUAUAUAUACAUAUAUAUAUAUAUAUAUAUAUAUAUA